ACUGGAAUGGCAGAUUCAAGGAGAAUAUUCGACGGAUGAAGAAGCGUCAGAUGAUGAUGAUGGUGAUGAUGACGACGAUGAUGACAUGUCGAUGGAGGAUUCGGCGGAGUAAAAGGUCUAGGAAACUUUCGGUCAACCCUAUCACCUUCUGUGCGCGCUCUGUAACAAGACCCAGUACUGUUUCUUUUUUGCAAUUCGAAGACACCAUACACUUGUAAUUGUAGAUGCGGCUGCAACAGUGUGCUAUACGGUUCCUGCCACUUGUUAGCAGACUGGCGCUGAGCAAUAUCAUCUGCGCGCUCUUACCGCAUUGGGCCAACUCCACGUUCACCACGAAAUUAACAACGCGCCUUCCCCCACAGGUGAGACCACGUCUGCCAAGGCUUCUCAGGUCCAAGCGAUGUCUGCUCCUCGCCAAUCUGAUCACUUACACCUUCCGAAGUCGCGCGCGCAACAAGAUGGGCACGCCAUUGAAGGACCGCGAUACUUUCCUCGACCAGGGUAUCGACAUGUAUCUAACGUGUGAGCUAUGCGGAGACAUCCUCAUAGCACAAGACACGGUCUGCCGUAUACAGAACGACGUGCAUUCAUGUCACGCAGUCUACUGCGAGGAAUGUCUCCUUGACUAUUUGGCAGACAACAACACCUGUCCGAUCCAUGAAGAUGUCGUCCUCUUCCACCUCCCACGUGAGCCUCAAUUCAUAUCUGGGGAGCGCAAUGCCACCACCCUCGAUCAGAUAACGGACGACAUCGAAGCUUCCAAGUUCGUCAGCAAGUUGUUCUACAUCACUAUGGAUCUGUAUGACUCCGAGCAGAUCUUCGACUCUGACAUCAAGGAAAAGAUCAACACGAAUUUGAAGUACAUAGGCGAGCGCUACAACCACGUGUCUGGAUUGUUCAUCAAGGACGAACAUAUGGCUGGUGUCAUGGACGUUGCUAGAGAGAUGGUCAAGACGCACUUCAAGACACGGUCGAAGGCUGGCGGAUAUAAGGCUUACGGAUCAAAAGACUGGCUACCGAAGAUGGACAAGGCUGUGGGAUGGAAGCAUCCAAUCUGACUUGGCUGGCAGUAGCUAUGCUUUUAUCGCAUGCCAUCCGCCUUCGGAGUCGGGAUGAUUAAUGGAAGACGACGCAAUGAUGCGUUGAAAAGAAGCUGGCUACACGACUGAAAUUAUGUUUGUCAUUUGUCAAGUGGAUGGAGAAGGCAGGCUAUCAUCUGUGGCUUUCAAGCAUAUGUAAAAGACAGAUACGACAAG